UAUAUUGAUUUAGUUCUGAAAGAGUCAAAUGAAAGAAACCGGAAGAUUAUUUUACUCUGGUUUGGACCUUUUCCGUCCAUUUCCGUUACCCAUCCGGAUAUGUUUAAAUAGCUUUCAAAACAGGUGUCAUUAAAGGUUCGAGGAUCCAUGGACGGUUACAGGUUCUUUGAGCCUUGGCUAGGAGAGGGUUUACUUAUCAGUGGAGGCAAAAAAUGGGAACGCAACCGGAAGCUUCUGACGCCAGCGUUUCAUUUCAACAUUCUGAACGGCUACGUUAUCGUGAUGAACAGCGUUGAAGAUAUUCUAAUGGAAACGUUUACAGAUGCUGCGAAGAAUGAUGAACCGGUUGACAUUUUUCCUCACGUGUGCCGGGCCUCUCUUGAUACCAUGCUACGUUGUUCUUUAUCAUACGAGGAGGACCUGCAGAGUACCACUGUUUCCGAAUACUUAAACAUUGUCAAAAGACUGUCACAAAUAAACUGGGAACGGUCACUAAAUCUGUCAUUGCUGUCGGAUACGAUGUUUAACCUUUCCUCACUUGGAAGAGAAUUUUAUAAACUUUGCGACCAGGCUCACAAGUUUACAGGAGACAUCAUUGAGUCGAGAAGAAAAGAACUGGAUAAGCAGCAGAAUGACAUGACUGAGAAGCGCCGUCUGGAUUUCUUAGACAUAUUAUUAACUGCACGAGAUGAACAUGGGCUCGGCUUGUCUGCACAAGAAAUACAGGAUGAAGUCGAUACGUUUACAUUUGAGGGUCAUGAUACAACAUCGUCAGCCAUUAGCUGGACAAUCUUUGCUCUUGCUAAACAUCCAGUCCUACAAGAGAAGGUUUUCAGUGAAGUCAGAAAUAUCAUUGGAGGGAAGGACAGCUUAUCACCAGAACAACUUGGAAAAUUCACAUAUCUACCAACGUUUAUUAAGGAAGUUCUUAGAUAUUACAGUCCGGUGCCAAUGAUUGGGCGGAGACACACUGACACACCGAUUGUUUUAGAUGGUAUAGAGAUUCCUGUAGGUGUUAGUAUUUGGGUACAAAUUUACUGUAUACAUCAUAAUAAAGAUGUUUGGCCAAAUCAUGAGGUAUUUGAUCCAGAAAGAUUCAGUGCAAAUCAAAGAGAUGAAACAGAUAUUUAUGGAUUUAUUCCAUUUUCAGCUGGUUCUAGAAAUUGUAUCGGACAGGUUUUUGCAAUGAAUGAAAUCAAAAUUACAAUUGCCAAACU